AUGGAGCCGGCGAGCUUUGAAACUGGAGACCCGUCUUCGUCGCCAGCCCGAGAUGGGCCAACCCCCGCCACCGUCACUGUGGUCCCACCCUACUGGCAAUCCCACCAGCGCAAUGCCUCGUAUCUGAGCAGCUACUCUGCUGACAACGGCCGCCCCACCCCCAUCGGCCUCGAGGACCAUACGGAUGAGGACUCGGACCACUGCAAAGUCCUCUGGGCCAAGGGUGUCACGAUAGAUGAUUACGUUGUCAUCAGCGGGCCGUCACCGGGCUUUGGAGCUUACGUCGUCUUUAAUUGUACGGUCGAGACACUGGAUGGUGGUCCCAUGAAGAUACGCAAGAGAUACUCCGAGUUUGAAGAUCUGCACACCAAGCUGCUCCAGACGUUUCCUCAUGCCGCGGGUUCCAUGCCGCACUUCCCACCCAAAUCCGUAAUAUCUCGCUUUAGGCCCCGUUUUCUGGAAAAGCGGAAACAAGGACUCUCGUACUUUCUCAACGAAUCGCGAAUGAUCUCAAGUCUGAUCACUACCAUGGCCAACGCCGUUCGGCCUUCGCUGCUGCGGAGCUCGAAUGAACGGCAGACCAGGCUCAACUUCCUGCCCGUGUCGCGCGAUGACGCCCACCCACAAGCCCAGCGCAACCACAACCACGCGCCCGUCGCGACCAGACGGGCCUCGAAAAGCGGCCCUCUGCUUGCGCGCGCCGACGACGACGGCGCCGUCAAGCCCGUCGCCCACACGCCUGCAAAACCUCCGCCGCCUGCGCGCACCAGCAGCAGGAAGCGGCCAGCCACUGCCCUCGAGCCCGACGCGACCGACACGAGACCGCCGACCAAGAUUACCGUUACACAACCACAUGGCGAGCUGCUGCGCAUCACCAAUGGCGUCGCCGCGCCCCUGGGCAUCGACGCCGACGACGUGCCCUCCGCGAGGUCCACGCCCCGGCCUGGCAGCUCCGGCAAGCUUGCUGCGCCCCCAGCUGUCCCCGCCCCGGCGUCCACAGCGUCCUCCACAACCACAGACAAGAGGAGCCUGCGGAGCCACGAUGGAGGCUCGCGGCUGAAGAGCGACCUCGCCGUCUACUUUGCCAACUACGACGACAUCAUUGCCGGCGUGCCCAAAGAGGAUGAAUUUCUCGAUGUCGACACGCCCAUAUACAUCUUCGACGAGCCCAUCAAGGCCAAGACUCCAGAGCCCCCGCGAAGCUCAGUAAGCCCGACGCGGUCGCGGAAAGCACGACACUCGUCCCCACCGCGCCAUGCCUCGGAUCCGUCAAUACUCCCGUCCCAAUCCUCGACCACAUUCACAGUGCUCAACUAUGCCUCCAUAGCCAAUGCCAUCUCCCACAAUGACGGCGAAGACCCGCUCGCCGACUCGGUAUUUUUCACACAGCACCGACGUGCCGAGCGCAAGGAGAAGCAGCUGCGGAAUAUCGAAAAGGAGCGCGCCAUGCACGAAAAGGUGCAACUGGAGAGACUCCUCGACGGACUGCAGGGCCCCGACUGGCUCAAGGUCAUGGGCAUAACCGGCGUGACAGACGGCGAGAGAAAGGACUGGGAGGCGAAGCGCGACUACUUUGUCCGGGAGGUAGAAGCCCUCGUCGACAAGUUCCGCGUCUGGAAAGAAGAGGAGAAGCGCUUGCGUGCUGAGAAGGAAGCAGCGCUCGCCGCGAGGGAAGAGGACGAAGAAGAGGAUGGCGAAGAAACAGAAGACUCAGAUAACAUUGUAGUCCGCAGCCGCGACCCUCCACCACCACGACAGCAACCCAAAGAGCCCGAGCCACCGAAACCACGGCGGCCACCACGUCCCCAUGGCUUCCUCCUCCCUUUUGUACCUCCCGAACCCGCAGCGCCGUUUAGCUCCUUUUACGCGAAACCACACCUCCGCGCCGCAGCCCUCGGAAAGCAUAGACACGGGCGCAACGCAUCCGCAUUCGGCCAGCCCAUACCUGAGUUCGCAGAGAAGGAGUUUGAGCUCCCGGAAGGUUUCAUAGACCCGCAAUUCCUAAAAGACAACGCGCGACAGAGACGGAGACGGAAGAGAGAGAGUGGUGUGAAUACAGGGGCGGGCGCGAGUGCAAAUUAG